GCUGAAAUCCUUAUCGUUUAUCGUUUGGUUGUGGCAAUCGGAGUUGGUUUUUUGUUUUUUAUUUGUUUUUGGAAUGGACUCGGCGGAUUCCCCCACCAAAACGCAGGCCGGCGAGGACGAGAACUACAGCCUGCUGUGCCAGGCGCACGAGGAGUUCAACAACUCGGAGUUCGACCGCUGUUUGGAGCUGCUGCAGGAGCUGGAGACUCGCGGCGAGAGCAGCGGACCCGUUCUGCGCCACAACCGGGCUGUGGUCAGUUACCACAAGGGCGGAUGCACCCAGCACGCUGCUCUGAUGAAGGAACUGGAGGCACUCACCGCCGACGCGGAUACAUCUCCGGGAGAGGCGUCCAGCGGUCUGACCCUCAAGCAAGGCGCCGCAGCUGCCACAGUGGCACGCUAUAACCGGGCGGUCAUCUACUAUCACCGUCACAUGUACGGCACGGCGCUGGAGAAGCUGGCUCCGCUGGUGGCACGCCUUGAGGCGCUCGAGAAAUCAAUGGCGGCGCUGGUGGCCACGCUACAACUGCAGCUUCUGCUGGCCACCAAUCAGCUAAACCGUGCCGAGGCCUUCCUUGACUACUUGCAGUACAAGCUCAACCUGGUGGCCACGGCGCCUAGCAGCACCCCAGGCGAGGAUGCUGCUGCCGGCACAGGCUCUCCACCCGCAGCCACUCCCAGCACGGUGGUGGCCACGCCUGCAGGAACAGCUGUGGAAGGUUCUGUGCCCGGCUUGGGUGGCAGUUUGCAGCUACUGCAGCUGCUCACACUUGUGCUGAAUCGCAAGCCCGUGGUCAUCCAGGAAGACGGAACGCCGGAGUACGCUGCCCUGAAGGCUCAGCAGUAUUACAUCAUGAAGGACUUCCAGAUGGCCGCCAAGCAGCUGAUGCGCAUCAACAAUGAGUGCACCCAGGCCGGUACUGUAACCCCCCAGCUGAGCACCUGCAUUGCCAACAACAUGGGCGUGAUCCACCUGAGAGUACGCCAUUAUGCCAUAGCCGCCCAGUUCUUCCAAAAUGCGCUCAAUUUCGACCAGCAGCUGGCCAAGAAUCUGCGCCAGAGCACGCUCCAGACAAUGAGUUCGGCGCGUUCGUGUGAAAUUCUCUACAACCUGGGCGUGGCAAUGCUGCAUCUGCGCCGUCCCAAGGAGGCCUUCCAGUGCUUCCUGGUGCCCGUCAAGCAGUUCCACAGAAAUCCUCGACUCUGGUUGCGCAUGUCCGAGGCCUGCAUCAUGGAGCACGAGGCGAAACUAGUGGAGGAGGACCGUCAGUCGCAGGCGGGAGGUGCAGGUCCAGCUUCAGCCAAAUCAUAUGCCGCCCAAUCCGCUGGAGUGCCGGAGCCCACUCUGGAAUUCGCCGCUUUGUGCUUGCGCAGCGCCUUGACCCUCACGCUGCACUACAAGGCCAGCUUUCACAUGGCAGCAGUCUCUCCGGAAGAUGUAGACGCGCCCGAUCCAAAGGAUCCGACUCAGGAGUCCUGGCGCCAGCCCCAGGACAACAAUUUUUGCAAUCCGUCCAAGCCGGUCAGUCUGGAGUCGCUCGAGAACAUGCUGGCCGCCAUCUAUGCGGCCCACAGCUUUGUCUCCCUGCGCCUGGGUGACCAUGUAACGGCCCUGGAAAUGGCCGAAAAACUGCUGGCCUGCGAACGUCUCUCCGAUGCUCACAAAUUGCUGGGUCACAUGUACGCCGGCGAAGCGUUGAUGCUGAUGGACAAGGCAUCCGAUGCCCGCGACCAUCUGGAUCCUACUUUUGUGGGCACGCUAAAUGCCUAUGAUCUGGAGACGCGCGACUGGCAGCUCAAGUCCGUGGACGCAGCCCAGAACGUGGUCCGCUACAAUCUGGCCGUGGCCAUGGCCGUGCAAAACGACCUGUCACAAGCGAAAACGCUUCUGGCCAGCCUGAACCACUCGCUGGUUGCCGGCAAGGCGUUGGCCCUGCGUCGCUUCAUAGACCUCAAGAUGGGGCCCGUCGUUGGCGGGGCGCCUGUUUAGACAACAAAUUGUGUACAUAACUAGACGGAAUCAAACUGGAAAUUUGAAUGUGGAUUUGUAAAUAUAGUGAAAUGAUUGACCGACGUA